CAGAUCAACUGAAACCUGAAAUUGAGCUGCAGCAAUGGGUCGCCACAGGAGAUUCAACCCCAAAACCAUGAAUAACCUGAUCAUCGUGCACGGGCUGGCGGUGGUUCUCCUUUGCAGCUGGUUCGUUCACUUCGAACCCUGCGACUUUGCUCCCUCAGGCCCCAAAGUUCAGGUUUUGCUGCUGUCCUCGUGGCGGUCGGGGUCAUCUUUUCUGGGCCAGGUUUUCAGUCAACACCCGUCCGUUUUCUACCUCUCAGAGCCCGGUUGGCACGUUUGGACUAAAAAGUGGAAAUCUGGCAUGCAGGCUCACCGAACAGCAGUGAGCAAUCUCUUGCAGCAUUUAUACCGGUGUGACUUUUCUGUGAUGGGUUCCUACCUUUCAGAGAAACUCAGCGUGUCCUCCAUGUUCAUGUGGACUCACAGUCGGGCCCUGUGCUCGCCUCCGGCCUGUCCCCUCACAGCCACCAAUGAGACUCAGUGCCGCCAGAUAUGCCACAAUCAGGACUUGAAGAAAGUGGAGAAAACCUGUCGUGCAUACUCUCAUCUCGUCAUUAAAGAAGUUCGAUUUUUGGAACUGGAGUCCCUUUAUCCCCUUCUGCAAGACCCAAACCUGGACCUCCGCAUCGUUCAUCUUGUUCGAGACCCACGGGCGGUGAUACGGUCGAGAGAGGAGUCAGCCAGAGUGCUGAGGAGGGACAAUGACAUUGUUCUGGAGCACCGAAAUGUGCCAGCGGCUGAGAAGAACUACAAAGUGAUGCAGGAGAUCUGCAGGAGCCACGUACGCAUCAAUGAAAGAGCAAUUCUGAAGCCGCCUCCGUUUCUGAAAGGUCGCUACAAAAUGAUUCGUUAUGAAGACGUGGCACGCAACCCGCUGAGGGAGAUGAACGACAUUUAUAGGUUUGUAGGCUUGAAGAUGACUAGACAAAUGGAGGAAUGGAUCUACAAGGUGACCCACGGAAAAGGGAAAGGCAGCAAGAAAGAGGCUUUCCAGAUCACCUCCAGGAAUGCCACCGAGGUGUUGCAGGCGUGGCGCACCGUGCUGCAACACAGCAAGGUCAAACGCAUUCAGGACCUGUGCCAAGGGGCCAUGUCGCUUCUCGGCUACCGGACAGUUGACAGCGAAAAAGAGCAGAGGAGACUCGACAUAGAUCUGCUGGUUCCGCUGGAGUUCAGAUGGGGGUAAACUAAGAAGACAUGAACCUUGGAUCAUCACCAAAACUGCUCAGACGCCCCAAAGGCUAUUUGUGCACCAAUCAUGUUUUUACUGCAUUUCUGACAACUACAAACCUUCACACAGUCAAAUGACCUGACAUCUCAUUUGACUGAGUUCUGUAAGCCAGGCGUAUUGCAUGACAAGCUUCAGUUAUGUUGUCACAACAAACACGCAGCACAUGCAUGGUGGAGCAAACUGUCCGGCCACUAGAAAGGACCUUAUUGUCACACAGACCGAUGAUUGUUGCAAGUCAACAGCAACAACGUUUCUAAGCAGUUUUAAU